AUGUCUUCCCAAACUGUCACUGAAACUUCGGCCCAGUCGAAGGCCGGCCAAGCCACAAGCCAGUCCAUCACCUUGUCUGGGGAGGACCUCCUAUACCCUCAGGGGUUUACCUUCUUCCACAACCGGGUGGGACAUUUUGAAGGCCAGGAAGAGCCGAUUAAGAAGAUCAGAUAUCCAAAAUUCCGCAACUUCGAACAUGAGCGGGCUUUCCGCAAGCUUCAUCAUGCUGCCGCACUACGCUGGCUCGGCUCUCAAGGCUAUGGCAACGAAGGCGCUGGGGGUCAUAUGACUGUCCGUGAUCCCGAGCUCCUCGAUCAUUUCUGGAUCAACCCGUUUGGCAAGAGUUUGAACCACAUGACUCCGGAUGAUCUCGUCCUGGUUAAUGACAAGGGUGUGGUGGUUGGUGGAAACAUGCACUCUGUCAAUCCGGCUGGCUUUUACAUCCACUCUGCUGUCCACCAAGCCCGUCCGGACGUGCAUGCUGUCGUCCACAUGCACACCAUCGCCGGCAAGGCCUUCUCGGCAUUUGGGAAGGAGAUUGAGAUGUACAACCAGGACUGUUGCCAGUUUUUCGAACAACAGACAGUAUUUCCGGCUUUUGACGGCUUCGUGCUCGCGGCGGAUGAGGGAGUAGCCAUUGCGAAGGCUCUUGGUCCCACCAACAAGGCCAUUAUCCUACAAAACCACGGUCUGCUCGUCGUGGGACGCUCUCCAGACGGUGCUGCAUUCACCUUCGGGGCGCUGGAACGCUGCAUCGAGGCUCAAUUCAAGACUGAGGCCCUCGCUCAAGUCGCAGGUUUCGAGCCUAUGCGGAUUUCUCCUGAGAUGGCCAGAGGGGUCCAGAAGUACUACGUGGACGAGUUCCAGUACAUGACGUUUCAGCCUGCGUUCGAGGAUGUAAUUCGGGCUUCCAAUGGCUUGUUGCCAAUGCAAACAGGGGAUGAGAUCUGUCCGGCAUGGAACGCUUCCUGA